AUGGCUCUUCUCACCUCCUUCACAUCCGCCGCUCCUACCAUCAAAAGACAAACUUACACAUAUCCACCUCAAUCAACAUCCAAAAACUUCAAACUUGUAGCGAAUGUUACCUCUGGCGAUUUAGCCAUCAACAACUUCGUUCUCGAAUCCUAUCACACAGGUGCUGGAACAGCAUAUGCCGUGCUCGCCGAAAACACCACUGAAGCAAAUCCUCGCAUCUUCUACAUAAACGGUACCGCCACCGAAGUUCGUUUCGGUACCUCUUCUACCCUCUCCGAUUCAGGCAGUGCAGGUAGCUCAUUCCCUGAAGCCGUCGUCAUUACUCCUUCCGAUCCCGCUACUUCAUCUUCCGGUCGCUCAGUUGUAGAAAUUAACGCAGGAGCUGGUCAACCUUUUGUUGGACUUACUACAUUCCCUGCUCCUAUCAUCGAGUUCCAUGGAUAUCAAGGCGAAACCUUCUACGCUUGUAAUACUACUUUACAAUAUGGAAAUGCAAUUCAACUUUUCUACAGAGGAUACAGUCAGGAAACACCAGCUGGAUGUUCGGAUGUUGCCUUAUUGCCUCAAUGUAGUGAGGGUAGUGGAGUAGACGAUGAAUUCGCAGCUACGGUGAAGUGUUAUCCAGAUGUAGCUGUUUUAGAGAUCUAUAACGUGGAGAGCUUGAUUGAUGACGAGCCAUUCGAGCUUUUACUAGAGUUGAUUGUAAAAGAGCCUCAAUUGGAUUGUGAGGGGUUUGAGAGAUCCAAGAAUUGGGACUUAAGUAAUGACAAUAAUGCAGAAACCUUUACAAAACCACUUCAAGUCAAUGUACCUAGUUCAGAAUAA